AUGAAGUACAAUCCUAGGGUCACCAGUUCCCGACGGAAGAACCGGAAGGCACAUUUUUCAGCACCGUCGAGUAUCCGCCGUGUCCUGAUGAGCGCACCGCUUUCCGGCGAACUACGCUCAAAACACAACCUCCGAUCAAUGCCGAUCCGCAAGGAUGACGAGGUGAAUGGAUCUACAGUCAAUGUCGGAAUCAAUCCUUCAAAAUGUGUCAUCACCAAGCUCCGACUUGAUAAGGAUAGGAAAUCGUUGAUUGAUCGGAAAGCGAUGGGACGUGCUGCGGCGGAUAAGGAUAAGGAAGAUAAGUUCACCUCCGAGGAGAUUAUGCAGAACGUUGAUUGA